ACGUCAAUACGUCAUGCUAUUUUAGUUUCAUGAUUUUAUGUAAAUGUUGAUUUCAUUUCAAUAUUUUAUGUUGAAUUUGAAUUUAAAUAGUUGCAUAUCGUAUACAGAAAUUUAUUAUUAUGCCACGAGAAAAGAGUCGAUAUCGGGACAAACGUAGUACGUCCUGUAGUUCUGAAGAGUCAUAUGAAAGAAAAAAACUUAAAUCUAAACAUAAAAGACGUUCAAGAGAUCGUUCGGAGUCUAGCAGUCAUAGAAGAAAACGAUCGACUUCACGGUCAAAAUAUAAACGUCGAAGCUACUCACGUAGUCCUUCCAAGGAACGUUACGAGACAAAGUCUAGAAGACGAUCUUCAUCGCGAUCCAAAGUGAAACGCUCGAAACGAUCUCUAUCUAGAGAAUAUUCCCGCUCAAGAUCAAGUUCUCGGAGUAGAUCUAAGUACAGCAAGAGUAGUAAAAAACAUAAAAGAUCUCAAUCGUCAAGCAGUCGAAGCUCUUAUGAACCAGAACAUCCAAUAUCCUCAAGAAGAACAAACCUAGAUGACACAGAAAUAAAAGUAGAAAAGGCAAUUAAAGCUGCAGAAGCUGUUGGUUUAACUAUGACAAAGAUACCAACUUACGACUUCAAAGACAUAGAAAUUAAAGAGGACAUGCCAACAAUACAUGACAGAAAUUUAUUAGCAGAAUUAAACAGCGACAGUUUCAUUCCAAAGUCAUUUACAUCAACGAGAAAUAAAAAGCAAUCCCAGAACAUAGUGAUAGAUUUGAAUUCAGAAACAGUUAAAGUCCCAGAAUUGGAAAUUAAAUUGGACAAUGAUGAUUCAAUUAUAAAUUUUAAUGAAAUACCAAAUGAAGAAGAACUCAAAGAGAUGUGGGUGAAAAAACUUUAUCAAUAUAGGAAAAAAAUGUUAAAAGGUGAAAUAUAGAGUCCAUCAUGUGUAAUCAUUUUAAAAUAACUAUGGACUUCUACAUUGAAAAUCAAUGUGG